AUGUUCGCUGAGCUGGAUAAAUAUAUCAAAUCCGCCCUUGACGCCCUGGUUAGCGUGAAGAGUGUCAGAUGGCACUUCAGAAACGCAGAUCCUUACGAGGUCGCCGUUGCCAGCUUGAGCGCUCUUCCCCUGCUCAAGGAUGUCUGUAUUCAAUUCGAAGGUCAAACACCUAAUCCAUUUCAUCUACCUCUAAAAAAAAUCUCCGGUCUUGAAAAGCUCGCUUUGUGCAAUACAUACGGAAAAAUCUUGCUGCCCUCGGAGAUUAUAGAUGAACUGGCACAAGUGAUCGCUAAUAGCCCUCUUCUCUCCCAUCUCGAAGUCAACGUUCAUUUCUCUAAACCCUCUGUAUCAUUCCACGAUUUUCUACUUUUGGCAUCAAAACAGAAACUUUCUCCCGAGAAAUCACCCUUGACGCAUCUGGCGCUCGAUACAGUCAAGUUAUGCAUUGACGCAACCACGCUUCCCUUCCUUCGCUCCCUUACCUCACUUGAUAUCUCGACCUCACCUGGUGAACACAACUCUGAACUUUGGAAAGGCUUAAUGGGCGCCAAAAUCCGCCUGACCAAUCUCAAGACGGACAUCGUGACGAGCACAUUCAUCGACUACUUGACAUCAUACUCAGGCCUUCAGAAAUUAACGUUGAAUUUGCGUAUGGUGCCCCAUGAUUCUGAGUUCGGGACGACCGAACAUGUACAUGACCUAUUCCAUUUGGCUCUUCCAAAGCACGAGGACUCCCUUACAGUUCUGUAUAUCAAUGCUCCUGGUGCGAUGAGGUGGUGCAUUUGCCCUGGUUUAUUGUCACCCCUCUAUACCUGUCAAAAUCUGGUUGAAUUGGGCCUGCUUGUGGACGUCAAGGUGGCAGAUGAAGGGGAUGUGGAAUUGUUUGGCGUGACGGAUAUGGUCGCUUCCGCCGCGAACUUCCGCCAGCUUUCUAUGCUUCAAAUAUUCCCCGCUGGGCCAAUCAGCGUCUGGGGCUGUGGGACGGGUUUCUUGAAAUACCAAAACCGGUUGCGAAAAACUUUUAUGGACAACCUUGCUAGUUUCAAAAUCAGCGACCCGGAUCGAUACUUGUUCCAAGUGACUUGCUUCGGGAACUUAUUUGAGCUCCUCCCUGAUCCUGUGGAGAUUGGAAAGUAUAGAUACACUCUCCUGGAGCUUGAGGUAGUUCUUUGUAAGUGA